ACUGAACAUAGAUAUGUAUGCAUUAUGUAUGGUACUGAAGAUGUGACCGCUGUCAUUGCAGAGGAGAACACCAGAAUAUAGAUUGCCUCAAAAAAAGCCACAAAAGUCUAAAAAAAUUGAUUUUUAUGGGCUGAAAGACCUCAUAAAUGUCAUUCAAAAACUAUUGGGACGUCCUGGCCCCUCAAGUUGCUGUUGUGUAAUCUUGCUGUUUUCUCCAAAGCUAAUAUCUAACAGUUAGUUACCGCACGUUACUUGCAUGCAAUGCAAACAGUUACCCAACAGCUCCUCCCACAGACCUGUAGAUUGUGCAAACAUGUUACGAUUAGUCACGACAUCCCUGUGUCUCUACUGCCAGCGGGCUCAAGCAACACCUUUGCUUCUCACGAGGCCCCGCUCCGUGAUCGUUCAAGAAGAGAACCUGCUUGCUGUAAACGCCUUGUACGACUUGUCUGUAGACAUCAGUAAAGUCCGGAAGCUGAGGGGUUGGGUGUUGCGACAGAGUCCCGUGUACGUGAGUGAGACCGCCGCCCUGCUGAGGGACAUGGGGGCUAGCGGGCCAGUUAUCGCCCGUGUUUUGGAACUCCAUCCUGAGGCCAUCCUCUGUAAACCUGAUCAAAUGGAGGCGCAGAAAAAGCUGUGGAUGUCAGUGUGUGCCAGUCAGAAGGAUCUAGUAGGAAUCAUAGAAAAAUUCCCUGCCUCGUUUUUCACCUUGUCCUCCGAUCACGACAACCAGAAAGCCAACAUUGUGUAUUUCCAGACGUUACAUCUCAACAAACGUAUCAUUAGCAAGCUCAUGGCUAGCGCCCCUCAGAGCUUCAGCCGACCCGUCGAGCAAAACGAGCAGAUGAUCCAAACCCUGCAGAAGACCUAUUUGGACUUGGGUGGGAAGCAGGUCAAUAUGAAGAUCUGGUUGCAGAAGCUGCUUACACAGAAUCCCUACGUGCUUCUAAAGCUUCCGGACGCCUUACACGAUAACUUGGCGUUCCUACGCAACGUGGGCUUUACCAGCGAUGAGCUCUUGCGGCUGCUCUCCAAACUGAAGGGAUUUGUUACUGAGCUGAACCCUGAAAGUAUGAGACUCACCCUAAGCUACUCCCAGGAGACCCUGGGAUGCACAGAAGCAGAGCUCAGGCAGAUCGUACUUCAGUGUCCAGCCUUGUUAUAUUAUUCUGUGCCUAUACUAGCUGAUCGCUUCAAAGGCCUCCUCACUUCUGGAGUCAGUAUGGAGCAGAUCAUGGAGACUCCCACAGUGUUAGAACUGACAACGCAGAUAGUGCAGUAUCGCAUUCAGAAACUGCGCUCUUUUAGUUAUGAUGUGCGCUCAGGUAGCCUGGAAGUCCUCAACGGCACCAAGAAGGACUUUGAGAUGAGCUACGGGAAGUUGUGUCUUAGGCAAGAGAGGCCACUUUUUAAUCCAGUAGCUCCACUUCGAUCAGAAGAUUAAGAAUUGAAGCCUGUUUCCAACAUGGAAUUAAAAAAUAAAUAUAGUAAUUACAAAUUCUGACUUUAUUUUUACAUCUCUACAAUUUUGAGUUAAAGGGGUCAUGAGCUGCCUCUGUUUUUAUUUUGUACUGUUCUCUGAGGUCCACUUAUAAUGUUAUCAAGAUUUUUACAUCAAAAAACAUUCUUUAGAAGCAAUAGGCUAUAUUCUGUCCUAUUUUUGACCCCCUCUUCAGAACGCUCUGUUUGAAUAGGCGUGGCGGAUUGUAGACUUUUGAAGUUAAACGCCCACUGCUAUGAUUGGCUUGUGUGUGUUUGCAAUAUAGUCGGCAAAGCAUUGUCUUUUAGUUUCAAUCCUUCUGAAAAUCUUACAUCAAAAUGUGCCUUGUUUGUAAUUGAAUCCGCAGUAAAAUGAAGUGAACAAAAGACAGAGUUCUUACUGACGCGGUCUGGAACUUCAUUAAAAAUAAAGUUCAUCCACUCUUUCCUAAUAUUGGGAUCAUAAGGAAGGCAAUGCAAAUACAGUUUUUUCCACAACUUGGCAAGGCACAGCAUCUUGUUGUCUUCAGUGGCAUCUUUAUUGUUUUGUUUUUGCGUAGACCUGCAUGUUCGCCUCUCUCGUAAACACUAUGCGUGAAUCGGUGGGCGGGGGUUAAACAGGCAGCGAUGAUCUUCUGCGGAGGCGGUGCUUAUCCACACAUUGUAGAGUAGAGCAUUCCAAAAGCUGUUGUUUUGGCAGACUGCCUUCAAUUUAAGCUGUUUUUAGAGUAACAACAAAGUUUUGAGUUCUGAAACUUUUUAAAGUACAAUUACCAGAUCAAGGGAAUUUUGGUUUCUCAGUUCACGAACCCUUUUUCCUCCAGAUUUUUCUCUCAGAAUUGCAAGUUUAUAACAUAAUUGUGAUUUUUUUGUUGUUGUUUUUUUUUUUUUUGCAAUUCUAAGGAAAAGGACAGGAUUGCAAGACAAUUCUGACUAUUUAAAAAAAUAAUAAUUCCUCUCAGAAUUUGCUCAUUUUCAACACACUUCUGGGCUUGUAUGUCAAUUUUGAGUCAAGUUUUUGCAAUUCUGCAAAUGAUUCUGUUUAUAUCUUCCAAUUUGGAACUUCUCUCACAGAACUGUGAGUUUCUAACACAAUUCUGACUUUAUUUCUCGCAAUUCUAAGUUCAUGUCUCAUAAUUUUGAGUUUACAUCUGUACUUUCUCAGAAUUGCAAGUUUAUAAUACAAUUCUGAUUUAUUUUAUAACACUUAUUCUGACUCGAUUCUCUCACAAUUUUGUGUAAACGUCUCACAGUUUGCACUUUCUUUCUGCACAUUUAUAAUACAAAUAAUAAUAAUACUGAGUUUAUAUCUCACAAUUCUGAGAAAAAAAUCUGAAUUGUAAGAUUAAAAAUUCACAAUUACCUUUUUUUGUUUUAUUGCAUGGCAGAAACAGGCUUCCAUAAUUAAAAUAGCACCUGCUACAUAAACAGUAUAUUUACAGUAGUUUCUUUGUCUGUUUUCUGCAUGAAUUCUUUUAUUUUGAUCAUUCAUUUGGUGAAAGGUAUAAAUUAUUGAAUGUUUUGUUAGCGUUGUGGAAGGUGAAUCUUACCAAAUAUAUUGUCAACCCAUUAUCACAAGGAAAAUGUCAAUUUAUGUAACUUCUAUUGUAACUACAUUGUAAAUGUACAUUUUUUGCUAUUUGUGGCAAUGAGCUAUUGUUGUACUGUCACAUACAGACAUGUUGUGCCAAGUAAUUUAUGUAGCUUUUGAAAUUCCUCAUCAAAGUCUCUAAUAAUGAGCAAUAUAAAAUACCUCUAGGAGGUAUGCAUUAUGCAGAUAAAUAUUCAGAUCAAUGAAUGUU